AUGACGAGUUUUCUAAAUGAUUUUUUAAAUGAAAGCGAUGAUGAAGAUAUAAUUGAAAUUCUAGCCUUGAGUCGUGAAAGGAAAAAGCAAAACACGCAUGGUGAAAGUUCAAGGAAAUCACGAAGAUAUAUUGAUCGGGACACACUAGAAGGGCAUAAUCGCUUAUUCAAAGAUUAUUUUGCAACUCUACCGGUUUAUUCAUCUCAAAUGUUUCGUAGGAGAUUUCGAAUGAGUCGUGAACUAUUUAUGAGGAUUCAAUCUAGAGUGGAAGCACACGAGCCUUACUUUCAACAAAAAAGAAAUUAUGCUGGCAAAUUAGGUUUAUCAUCACUUCAGAAAAUUACUGCAGCAUUGCGAAUGUUGUCUUAUGGGGUAACAGCAGAUUUCAUGGAUGAGUACAUACGUAUUGGAGAAACCACAGCUAUAAAAAGUCUAAGGUAUUUUGUUCAAUCAGUCAUUGAUAUUUUUGGUCUUGUCUAUCUACGAAAACCAAACUCAGAGGAUAUUACGAGAUUACUUAAAAUUGGUGAAGUUCGUGGCUUUCCAGGAAUGUUGGGUAGCAUAGAUUGUAUACAUUGGAGGUGGAAAAAUUGUCUAACCGCAUGGAAAGGAGGUGGCUUUCUCUUAGCUUCUUUUUUUGCUUUCUUUUGUCCCAUGGGCCUCUCCAAAUUAAUAUAA